AUGUUUGGCUGCUGUGUUGCUGGUCGUCUGCUGCAAACUGACCUGCGGCAGGUUGAUGAGACGCACGCGCUCUUUGAGAUCCCAGCUGCUGAGAAGGUCAAUCAUGUGUGCGUGUUUUUACUUGGUACAGUUCCAUUCCCUGAUGGUUUUGGCGCAACUGUCCAUUUUUUCUGGCCUGGAAAAGGUUCACAAGUACUUGGAAUGCUCUCAAAUGACAAACCAUCAGCCAUAUUUCGUCUUCGGUCUGCCUUCUCUUCCACCUCAGCACCUCCGUCAGGUAUAUCCACCCCAUCUGCGUUCACAUCCCCAUCUUUGUCUUCUGCACCCGGUCAAGUCACCGCCGUACUCGGAUUCGCAUUAGAACCUCUUGAAGCCAUAGCUGCACAACUUGCAUCUCUCCCCCAAGUUCAAGCACAGAGUGCCAUGAACAUCACCCCCGGUUCAACACCAAUGUCAUCACUGGCGUCAAUACCCAAGCCUGCAGAUCCAUCUGCACUUGCGGAAAAAAUAGCAAAACACCUGUUCAACUAUAUAGCGGGCUUCGUCCCAGCAGGAACAAACGUAGGCCCUGACAGUACUGUUCCGAUGGGUAUCAUUGCUCGAUGGUACGAAACCUUUAUGGGGAAGGUGAGGGCAGGCGGUGUCGGGUUUUUGGAUCGUAGUGAAUAG